AUGACGCCAGACGAAUCACAGCCUGAGUACCUCAUCGAUGCACUCGCCACUCGCCAUCGUUCCGCCACGCUGACGUAUGCUCAGUCUCGCGAUAACAAGAUUGCCGGCCCAGGCGGGCAGAUGCUACCUCUCAGCUGUCCGGAGAGUAUGCGCAUGACUCACUGGAUGCGGUAUAUGCACGACGCCAUCCUCGUGGGCGUUGGUACCGUCUCGGCCGAUGAUCCUCAGCUCAACACUCGUCACUUACCAUUGACGUCAGACAAGCAACGAUCACCGCGACCUGUCGUGUUAGAUACUUUGCUUGUCACUUCGACUGGAUGCCGGCUGCUGCUCAAUUAUCGCACCUCGGCAGGCCGACAACCCCUGUUCUAUCACUCGAAAGAUGCUCCGGACGACAGACGUGAAGCUUUGUCAGCGGCAGGCGCGGAAAUGGUAGCGAUGCCUUUGCUAAAUGGUCACAUCUCGAUGCACGCCGUUCUGGACGACCUCGACCAACGAGGCUACCACAGCGUCAUGAUCGAAGGCGGCGCAAAGAUCAUCGCAAGCUGUCUCGCUGCACCCAACCUGCUCGAUCGCAUUAUCGUCACAGUUUCGCCUUCAAUCGUGGGGCAAGGCAUAGAAGUCGAAGAUAUCUCCUGCAACGGAGCCUACGAAAGAUCAAGAUCUGAUUUGGCACUCGGAGUGGACACCAUCUCAUUUUACAAGCCAAUCUGA